AUGGCUGCCACAGCUAAUCAACAUUAGCUGACACAAAAAGGCCCAUAACUCAGUGAACGUUACAAACACUGAGCUAAAGCUUGGGGGUUGUAGCUGGGGUUAUACCCACAGAACAUGAUUAAUGUUUUUUUUUUUUUUAAAGUUUGACCAAAAUGGCUGCAACGCUGUCAUUUCUCAACGUAAGAUGAUUUUAGUUUUGAGAGUUGCAGAAGUGAAGUCAGAGGGUUCAUCUGGCAGAUCAGGACUUCACAUCUGGACUGAUCCGUCUCRGUUCUGACUGAGUCGCUUCCAGAGAGAGAGGAUGGGUCACACACUUGGUCCAGAUCAUCCCCUCACAAAUCCACAGGCAUGUGUGAGCUAAAUGAAAUGGUACUGUUUGGAUGGGACUGAGGAGGUGGCAGACAAGRUUUGGGGAUCUUUUAGCUGUUAAAGAACAGAAAGCAAUGGAAUCAGAUUGUACUGUGGUACUUUGGAUCAGAGGAUUUAACUUGGACAGCAUCUCUUGUUCAUCUCAUCAGUGUAUGGGCAGUUGUUCUUCAUCCACUGAGCUGUAGAGGUGGUGAGGCUGGAGAUGCGUCGGCAGCAAUGUGCCUUCACCCCUACCACUCCUUCGCUCCUUCCUCUCUGUUCCCCCUCGAGGUUCCUCUUGGUUCUCCUCACCUCCCUGUGUUUGUUACCGUCCCAAACCAACGCAGCCUGGUUUCAGGUCGGGGUGGUGGGACCGUGGGGGUGUGACCCCAUGUUCGGCAAGGCUCUUCCACACGUGGCAGCGCAGCUGGCUGUCAAUCGCAUCAACAGAGACCCCUCGUUGACCCACGCCAAGACGUUCGCCUACGCUGUGCUGCAGGAAUCAUGUGAGACAUCCAGGGGUCUGGAGGCUUUUGUGRGUUUUCACACCAAGGCCUCUGGUUUCAUUGGACCUACCAACCCUGGAUACUGCGAUGCUGCUUCAAUGCUGAGUAAAGGCUGGAACAAAGCAAUAUUUCCUUGGGCUUGUGUCGGCUAUGAGCUGGAUGAUGUUCGGAGCCAUCCCACCUUUGCCCGAUCACUGGCCAGGCCCACCCAGGUGCUUCACAGAGUCAUGAGCUACUUCAGGUGGGCUCAUAUUGGCAUCAUCUCRUCCUCAGAGGACGUCUGGGUAGAAACGGCAACUAAGGUGGCUGACUCCUUGAGGACCCAUGGUAUUCCAGUCAGACUGGUCAGUUUUAUGGAAAACACACCUCAUGGUAUUAGACGAACUCUGGCCAAAGUCCGCAAGAUGAAAGAAAUACGAGUUGUGAUCCUCUGCAUGCACUCGGCUCUGAUCGGUGGCUCAGCCCAAAAACAUCUCCUGGAAACAGCCUACGACAUGCAGAUGAUCGACGGCUCCUUGGUGUUUGUGCCCUACGACACGCUGCUCUACAGUCUGCCCUACCGCAAUGUGACCUUCCCAGCACUGAAAAGCAACGGCAAACUCAUGCAAGCCUACGAUGCUGUGUUGACCGUCACCAUCGAYUCCCCCAAGGUGUCGUUCUACGAGGUCUACAGAGAGGCUAUGGAGAGAGGAGAGGUGGUGAGGACCAUGAAACCUCAACAGGUGUCUCCUCUGUUUGGUACCAUCUACAACUCAAUUCUGUUCAUGGCUCACACGGUGCAUCGCGUUCGAGAGUCAGGAGAGUGGAUGUCUGGAGGAAAUCUGGCACAAAGUACACGUAGCCUGGACUUCCAGGGAUUUAGCCACUCCAUUAGAACCAGUAGCUCUGGAGAGGUUCAGCUCGACUACCUCAUACUAGACACAGAUGGGUCGUCCCUGCAUCUGAGGCCAACCUACAGGAUCGACUCUGAGACUGGGAUGGUUCGCUUCCUAGGUAAAGAGAUUCACUUCCCACAAGGGUAUGGGCCCAGGAGGGACUCUGCCUGCUGGUUUACACCUGGAGUCAUCUGCUCAGGGGGGGUGGAUUUGUUUUUGACCAUCACCAUGUUUGUUGGCUUGAUAGCUGCUUCUGUUACUUCCGUGGCUCUCUUGUACUUCAUCAGGCGACGAAUCACUCAGAUCCGAAUGGUCAGAGGCCCCAACAAGAUCCUGUUAACUCUGGACGAUGUCACUUUCAUUAAUCCGUCACUAAGCAACAAGAAACUGAGUUUGGAUGACAGCAGGACCAGCCUUGCCAGGAGCACGUCUGAGCGCAGCUUUAACACGACACCCUCCUCUCAGUCCCCAGCCACCUAUGAAAACUCUAAUGUUGUCAUUUUUGAGGGGGACUGGGCAUGGCUAAAGAGACUACCUGAUGGAAACUUUGGCCGCAUAAACUCCAAAACCAGUGAUGUCUUCGAACUGAUGAACGACAUGCGAAAUGAGAACGUCAACCCUUUCCUUGGCUUUUUCCAUGACUGUGGCGUGUUCGCUAUCGUGACAGAGUUCUGCUCCAGAGGCAGCCUUGAAGACCUGCUGCUGAAUGAUGACGUCAAACUGGACUGGAUGUUUAAGUCGUCUCUGCUGUUGGAUCUGAUAAAGGGAAUGAAGUAUCUUCAUCACCGCGGAGUGUGUCACACUCGUCUCAAGUCUCGAAACUGUGUGGUGGACGGGCGGUUUGUCCUCAAGGUUACAGACUAUGGCUACAAUGAGGUCCUAGAGUCACAGAGGUUCCCCUUCGUUGAAAUACGUCCAGAAGAGCUGCUGUGGACAGCUCCAGAGAUCCUGAGAAGUGGGCAGCCAGGACUUCACGGGACUCUCCCCGGAGAUGUGUACAGCUUUUCCAUCGUCAUGCAGGAGGUUGUGAUCAGAGGACCUCCUUUCUGCAUGUUGGACCUGUCCGAUGCAGAGAUCAUAGAGAAGCUGCAAAGGCCUCCUCCUUUGUGCCGUCCUGUGGUCAGUCCAGAUUUUGCUCCAAUGGAGUGCAUUCAGCUGAUGAAACAGUGUUGGAAUGAACAGCCAGACAAGAGGCCAACCUUCGAUGAGAUCUUUGAUCAGUUUAAGAAUAUUAAUAAAGGAAAGAAAACCAACAUCAUAGACUCCAUGCUGAGGAUGCUGGAGCAGUACUCCUCGAACUUGGAGGAGCUGAUCCGAGAGCGAACAGAGGAGCUGGAAAUUGAAAAACAGAAAACAGAGAAGCUUCUAACGCAGAUGUUGCCUGCGUGUGUUGCAGAGGCUUUGAUGAUUGGAGGGACGGUGACCCCAGAAUACUUUGACAACGUGUCGCUCUAUUUCAGCGACAUCGUUGGCUUCACCACCAUCUCAGCCAACAGCGAACCCAUUGAGGUAGUUGACCUCCUCAAUGACCUCUACACCCUUUUUGAUGCCAUCAUAGGAAACCAUGAUGUUUACAAGGUGGAGACGAUUGGUGAUGCCUACAUGGUGGCAUCAGGAGUCCCCGUCCCCAAUGACAACCGCCAUGCUGCAGAGAUUGCCAAUAUGUCUCUGGACAUUCUCAGUGCUGUGGGCACCUUUAAAAUGAGACACAUGCCUGACGUUCCUGUCAGGAUACGCAUCGGACUCCAUACAGGUCCGUGUGUAGCUGGCGUGGUGGGUCUCACGAUGCCUCGCUACUGUCUUUUUGGAGACACAGUGACCACUGCUUCUCGCAUGGAGUCCAGUGGGAUGCCCUACAGGAUCCAUGUCCAUCAGAGUACAGUGAAGGUCCUACAGGAACUCAACCUCGGCUACAAGCUGGAGCUGAGAAGUCGCACCGAAGUCAGGGGAAAAGGAAUAGAAGAGACAUACUGGCUUGUGGGGAGAGACGGAUUUACCAAACCUCUACCUGUUCCUCCAGAAGUCAAGUCAGGGCAACAGGCCCAUGGGCUGCAGAUCGCCGAGAUAGCCCAGUACAAGAAACGGAAAGCCGAGAAACAACAGCAGGAACAACUUGCAAAGAAGAAAAACUGAGAAUGACACUGCAUCCAACGCGGGACCUGAAACAGGUGUUUCACAAAGCCGUGAAGAAGAUCGCUCACGUCCGAGUUGUGACUCAG